AUGUCUUCUGCUGGCGCUGGUUCUUCUCCAACGGCAGCUCAGCCGUUCUGUCUGGUCAAGUCUUCUAUCAACAUCGACGAAACUUUCUUGGUACCACACAUCGUUCGACCCGGUGAGACGAUCUCAUCCACAGGCCUUGUCUCGAGACCAGGAGGUAAAGGUGCAAACGUCUCCGCUGCCAUCGCUCUCGCUGGAGCAAAGGUCUCUCUAUCGGGUGCUGUAGGCAAAGAUGCGACCUGGCCUAUCCACCAGCUGAAAUCACGCAACGUCAUCACCGACGACGUUGAGAUCCUUGACAACACACCCACUGGCAGAGCUUUCAUCCAGAUUGCCGAGGAUGGCGAGAACAGCAUUGUCCUUUUGAAGGGUGCCAACUUUUCGACAGACAGUCAGUCGGCGGAUCCUGUUAAGACAUGGCAAUUCAAAUCUGGCAGACAAACCACACAUCUGGUUUUGCAAAACGAGAUCCCAUUGGAGACGACGAUUGCAUUCCUGCACCAUGCCAAGUCGAACAAGGUCAGCCAUCACGUCACUACCAUCUUCAAUCCCUCGCCGAUGCUCAGUCAGAGCGAAGUGCAGACCUUCCCUUGGACAAACAUUGACGUUCUCAUCGUCAACGAAGGAGAGAGCCUCGAGUUGCUUUCCGUAUUGCAGCCAUCAGCUGCAUCUUCGCUCGGAUCGCUCUCAGAAGGCGAAGACAAGUCAAAGAAGGUGCUCGAAACACUCUCUUCGCUGGAACAGCUGUGCAACACAGCUUGGAUCGUUCUGACUCGAGGCAGCAAGGGUGUGAUGGCCAACGUUUUGCUUUCAGACAGUACAGACAAGCGUAGCUUCUUCAACAUUCCGCCAUUCAAGCCAAAACAAGUCCGUGAUACUACAGGUGCAGGAGAUACAUUUGCCGGGAACCUGGUUGCAGCACUCAUGGGUCACAAUGUGGACGCCGAUGAAAGUUUGCUCACCUCGGCACGUCCAAAGCAGGAGCGCUUUGUCAAAGAAGCGCUGGAAUGGGCGUCAAAGGCAGCAAGUUUAGCUUGUGAGAAGGAAGGCGCGAUGCAGAGCAUACCUUCUGCAGAUGAGGUCAAGUCGCGCAGUUCAUAG